AUGAGCGCAUUGUCAACAGCAGCGUACGCAGCUCGUCGAGCAGCUCAGAAGGAGAAGGUUCGGAUCCUCUACAGACGAGCCCUCAAAGACACUCUCAACUGGGCUGUUCACCGCCACCUUUUCUACCCAGAUGCCGAUGCUUUGCGCGAGAGGUUCGAAACCAACAAGCACGUGGAAGAUCCGGACACAAUUGAUAGACUCAUAGAAAAUGCUGAAGCCUCCUACAAUAAGUGGCGCCACCCUGAUCCUUAUGUUGUUCCUUGGGCUCCCGGUGGUUCAAAGUUUCAUCGGAAUCCCACUCCACCUGCAGGGAUUGAGAUAGUAUAUGACUAUGGAAAAGAAGAUAAUGAGUAA